GUUACACAAAACUUAAAAUGUACUUUAUGUAUUCUCUAUCCUGUUCUUUGUGUUCAUCUCAAUCGAGUGUGUGCGUUGUUGUGCGAUCUUAACAUCUCUCUGUUUCUCCCGGUCUCUGCCAUGGCUGCUCUGUGGACAGGUACCCUGCUCACUCUGGCUCUGCUAUUACUGUCAACAAUUCAGCAUAAAGCAGGUGGGGAGUUUGAGCAAUGGUGUAUAGCAGACGAGCAGACCCCAGAUGAUGAACUACAAAUGGCUUUGGAUUGGGCUUGUGGAAGAGGAGGCGGCAACUGCAGCAAAAUCCAACCAAACCAGCCUUGUUUUAACCCAAAUACAGUGAAAGAUCAUGCUUCAUUUGCCUUCAAUGCUUACUUUCAGAACUUCAAGCAUCAGGGUGGAUCCUGUUUCUUCAAAGGAGCUGCCAUCAUUACAGAGCUGGAUCCUAGCCAUGGUUCUUGCCAAUACGAGUUUAUUCCGUAGUGAGAAGGCGAAUCAGAAGAGAUCACUGUUUCUGUUACUUAGUUGUUUCUGAUAUCCAUGUAAACUGGCAAGACGGUCUCAAUCGCUUUUAGAGCUUCGAUCGACAAAAAAAAAAAAAAAAAAAAAAAAAAAAAAAAAAAAAAAAAAAAA